AUAGCACUAAGUUUAAGCAUCUGAUUCUCAAAGGAAACUAUUGGUAUCCGGCAAUGGCUUCCACUACUUCCAGGCUCAUGAAGGCAGUUCGGUAUGAAGCCUACGGCGGCGGAUCGGCUGCUCUCAAGCAUGUAGAAGUUCCGAUUCCCGGACCCAAAGACGAUGAGGUUUUGCUGAAAGUAGAAGCAGUUAGUCUGAAUCCAUUUGAUUGGAAAAUUCAGAAGGGAGUCGUCCGUCCCUUUCUUCCUCGAAACUUUCCUCAUAUUCCAUGUACUGAUGUGGCGGGAGAAGUUUUAGAGGUCGGAUCACGGGUGAAGAGGUUAAAAGUUGGGGACAAAGUCGUGACGUUUCUUAACCAUGCUACCGGAGGUGGACUUGCUGAAUAUGUUGUAGCAAAGGAAGCUUCAACAGUUAUUAGGCCGCCCGAAGUGACCGCAGCCGAUGGCGCUGCUCUGCCUGUUGCGGCUUUAACAGCACACCAAGCUCUCACCCAAGCUGCUGGGAUCAAGCUUGAUGCAAACGGCCCUCAAUUAAACAUUCUCAUCACAGCUGCCUCUGGCGGCGUCGGCCACUACGCCGUUCAGCUAGCAAAGCUAGGAAACACUCACGUGACCGCUACGUGUGGCGCUCGAAACAUCGAGUUCGUGAAGAGCUUGGGCGCAGAUGAGGUCAUAGACUACAAGACCUCAGAAGGGGCAGCCUUGAAGAGUCCAUCAGGCAAGAAGUAUGAUGCAGUGAUCCAUUGUGCCACAGGGAUCCCAUGGUCCGUGUUCGAGCCUAAUUUGAGCUCGAACGGUAAGGUGGUCGACAUAACCCCGGCAAACGUGUCAACGGUGAUGACUUUCGCCAUUAAGAAACUUACCUUCUCUAAGAAGAAGCUGGUGCCUAUGUGGUCGAUGUCUUUCAAGAAUGAAAAUUUAGAGUAUGUUAUGAAUUUGACUAAGGAAGGGAAGGUGAAGAGUAUGAUUGAUUCAAGGUACGCUUUGAGCAAGGCUGAGGAGGCUUGGGCAAAGAGCGUGGAUGGCCAUGCCACCGGCAAAAUUAUUGUGGAGCCAUAGUGGUGUAUGUUCGACGUAUAAAAAUAUUUUACUGUGGGAAAUCUAUUCUCGUGAAUUUUUCAUGAAGAAUCCACGCCUAAAAUUGUCACUCCCAGCCCAAUAACAUCUACCGUCUUAAGUACA